AUGUCUCGGUCACCAGGAAGAAAGCAGGAGAACCACAAAAUAAGCAGAGAACUUUUUGUACUCACAUAUGGGGCCUUGGUAGCCCAGCUCUGCAAGGAGUAUGAAAAAGAUGAAGAUGUCAAUGCCUGUUUAGAUAGAAUGGGAUACAGCAUUGGCAUAAGGCUCAUUGAUGACUUUUUGGCUCGUUCAGCUGUGAAAAAGUGCCGUAGUUACUCUGAAACAGCAGACAUGAUUGCACAGGUUGCUUUCAAGAUGUAUCUUGGAGUCACCCCUAGUGUGAGCUGCAAUAGUGUCACAGGGAAUGAAUUCUCCUUAAUCCUGGACAAAAACCCACUGGUGGAUUUUGUGGAGGAGCUGCCAGCGGAACGAGCGUCACUCUGCUAUUGUAACCUCCUCUGUGGUGUGAUUCGAGGUGCCUUGGAAAUGGUUCACUUAGCAGCAGAAGUUUCCUUCCUCCAGGACAGGCUGAAGGGUGAUGCUGUGACAGAAAUAGGAAUUACAUUUUUAAGGAAGCCUGAAGACAGAAAGCACAGAAGGAACAAAUGA